AUGUCAGAUAACAGCUCAGUUACUUCAAUUGACGACGAUAAUACUGAAAACUUUGUCGAAAAUCCAACUAGGGAACUGUUAGCUGAAGGCUUCUUAGGUUUUUUCUCCCCAAUCGUUGAAAAUUUAGAUUCUAAAGUUAAGCAAGCACAAUUAGUUCAAUUAAACAUUAACGCUCAACUUGAUAUCAUCUCAGCAGUGAUAAAGGAUCAGAUCAAUCGUCAAAACAAAUUAGAUUCAUCCAAACUUGACAACGCACUAAGAACAUUAAAUAUUAUUAAGAGUAAAGUAACGGUCGUAACAAACGUUCUGCAAACAGCGCAAGAUAGACUUCAGUUACUCAAUCAAAAAGUGGAAGCUUCCAAACAAGCCCAACAAAGAAAUAACGAAUAA